CUCGGCUGCUUCCCCGCCGCCGCCUCCUCCAUGGCGGAACCCAACCAUCCGCCGGCCUACUCGAUCCACCAUUCCUGCUGCCCGAACUGCCUCCGGGACAGGGCCUGGCGGCUCCGGAGGAGGAACCAGAGGCGGAAGCAGCGCCGCGGCAUCAAGGGUAUCAACGACGACGACGUCGACGAGCUCAAAGCCAGCCUCGACUUGGGGUUCGGGUUCGAGCCCGACACCGCCGAGAAGGACCCGCACCUGGCUGACUCCUUUCCUGCGCUCCGGCUCUACCACGCCGUUACCAAGCAGUACAGCGAUUACACUCAAAGCCGACCACCGACAGCGUCGUCCUCGGCGCCAGCGGCGGUUUCCGAGUCCGAUACGGGCACGAUGAGUGCAAGCCUUAGCGCCAUCUUCGACGACACAGGAGAUGAUCCGAAGAAGGUGAAGGCGAGACUGAAGCAGUGGGCGAAGGUGGCUGCACUUGCAGCGCGACAAGAAGCUGCGAGCACCAAACUGAUCAAACCCUAGAUGGCUCACCCAAGCCCGACGUGGAGCUCCCUAUUCUCA